GACUCUGACAUCACUCGUCUCUCUUUCCUACCCUUGCGAUCGUCGAAGAUGUCGUCGGUGGACCUGAGCCUGGGAUGCUUUUUCAUUGGCAUGGUGCUCAAUGUCUGGCUCUACGGCGUCGUCUGCUUGCAGUUGCUUGUCUACUUUUAUCAUUUCAGACAAGACGUCAAGAUCUUAAAGGCGGCCGUCACCGUGCUCUUCUUGGCCACCACGCUGAACACGGUUCUGACCAUUUCAUUCGUAUAUGACGACCUCGUGUCCAAUUUCGGCUCCGCCACCUAUUCUGCGGCUGCCAGUCCUUCGUUUGCCGCACUGUCCACCACAACAUCCUUUGUGGCCCUCUUGGUGCAGCUGCUGUCCGCCUGGCGCAUCUGGCGACUGUCCGACCGAGAAUACUUCCUGGAUCAUGCGAUGCCCACCGUCAUUGCCGUCGUCAGCAUUGUCUCCUUUGCGUGUGCCGUCUGGACAACUGUCGAGGUCACCAGGGUGAAGGCGUUUGCGGAUUUCCAGGUCUUCCGGGUGGCCGUCGGUGUGUGGCUCGGCAUGGCCGCCUUUGCCGACGUUCUCAUCACGAGCUCUUUGAUCGCCAAGCUCAGCGCCACGCGGAGCGGCGUGGACCGCAUCGACAAGAGCGUUCGCGUGAUGGUCCACAUUGUCUUCCAGACUGGACUCGCCACGACGGCAUUUGCAGUCGUCGAUCUGAUCCUUUAUCUUUGCAGCACAGCGACCCUCGACAUGAUCUUCAACUUCCCACUGGCGAAUCUCUACAUGCUCUCGCUUCUGUCGACGCUCAAUGCGCGAAUCACUUUGCGACAGUCUUGGCGGGAAAGUCUACAUCUAGAUAGCGGAAGAGCUUCUGAAUCGCCCACCUUUCGCUGAAGAAAAGGGCGCCUCGAACUGCAAUCCGCCUUAUCGCCAUCUCUCGUUUUCCUUUGGCCACUUUUGUUCUCUAUCUGUCAUGGAAUCUGUGCACCGCUGUCCCC